GACCUGUUACCAUGUCCCAUCAACCUCCGAGCUGCCUGACUGAGAAGGGUGACAGCCUCUGUGAGACCCCAGGAAAUGAACCCCCUAAUAAGGUUCACCCCAGCCUGGACACAUUCACUCCUGAGGAGAUGCUGCAGCAAAUGAAGGAACUCCUGGUUGAGAACCACCAGCUGAAAGAAGCCAUGAAGCUAAACAAUCAAGCCAUGAAAGGGAGAUAUGAGGAGCUUUCAGCCUGGGCAGAGAAGCAGAAGGAAGAACGACAGUUGUUUGACACACAGAACAAAGAAGCUAAGAAGCUCCUGAUGACCUUGAGUUAUGAAAAUGAGAAACUGAAGGUGGAGCUUGGAAAACUAAGAGAGAAGUCAGAAAGGCCAUUUGAAGGCUCCAUAUGUGGCUCCAGGCCUCCCAUGGAAGACUUAGAACAGGAAGUGGAGCAGCUGAAGAUCCAGGUGAUGCGCCUUAAAGCUGAAAAGGCUGACCUGCUGGGCAUCGUCUCAGAACUGCAGCUCAAGCUCAACUCCAGUGGCUCCUCAGAGGACUCCUUUGUUGAGAUCAGGAUGGCUGAAGAAGAAGCUGAAGGGGCAAUGAAGGAAAUGAAGAGCAGUCCUAUACCUAGGAGGACAUACUUCACCAGCAUGACCAAAUCUACAGAAGAUGCCAGGACUUGUGUGGAGUUUGAGGAAUUAACUGUGAGCCAACUCCUGCUUUGCCUAAGAGAAGGAAACCAAAAGGUGCGAAGACUUGAAUUCGCACUCAGAGAAGCCAAAGAAAGAAUUGCAGAGUUUGAAAAGAAAGCAAAUGACCGUUCUGAGAUUGGGACCCAGACAGAGGAGAGCUUAGAAGAGGAUGAAGAUUACAAAGACCCAGAAAGUGUUGGAAGCGAAGUGGAAACAUUGAAAGUUGGAGUGACAGCUCUGUAUAAGGAACUUCAAGAGGCACACACGAAACUCAGUGAGGCUGAGCUAAUGAAGAAGAGACUUCAAGAAAAGUGCCAGGCUCUGGAAAGGAAGAACUCUGCCACCCCAUCAGAACUGAGUGAGAAGCAAGAGCUUGUUUACAGCAACAAGAAGUUAGAGCUGCAGGUGGAGAGCAUGCGCUCUGAAAUCAAGAUGGAACAAGCUAAGACAGAGGAUGAAAAAUCCAGGUUAGCCACUCUGCAGUCAACACACAUCAAGCUUCUUCAAGAACAUAAUAGUGCACUGAAAACAAUUGAGGAACUAACCAAAAAACAGGCAGAAAAGGUGGACAAGAUGAUGCUGCAAGAGCUCCAUGAAAAGCUGGAGCUGGCAGAGCGGGCUCUGGCAUCCAAGCAGCUUCAGAUGGACCAGAUGAAGCAGAUCAUUGCUAAGCAAGAGGAGAACCUGGAAACCAUGGCUGUCCUCAGGGCUCAGAUGGAGGUGUACUGUUCAGAUUUCCAUGCUGAAAGAGCGGCAAGAGAGAAGAUUCAUGAAGAAAAGGAGCAGCUGGCCUUGCAACUGGCAAUUUUGCUGAAAGAGAACAAUGACUUUGAGGAUGGAGGCAGCAGGCAAUCCUUGAUGGAAAUGCAGAGCCGGCACGGGGCAAGAACCAGUGACUCUGACCAGCAGGCUUACCUGCUUCAAAGAGGAGCUGAGGACAUGAGCUGGAGUCAGCAGCAGCCUCAGAAUAUUCCGAUUCACUCUUGCCCCAAAUGUGGAGAAAUUCUGCCGGACAUUGACACAUUACAGAUCCAUGUCAUGGAUUGCAUCAUUUGAGUGUUGUUCAUUUGAGUUCACCUCCCCAAAGCUGUUGGUAAAUGCCAGAUUUUCUCCUCCAAGACUUGUACUUCUGUCUUAUUUGGUGUCAUGCAAAUAUUUUUGCCACAUUAUCCUUAUUCCAGGAGAAAGAAAAUGUACCCUUCCUAAGGAGAGCAUCUUCUGAAUUGAACGGAACCCACAAAGUAGAAUGUAGUUACCACCCUUCCAAUAAGAGAUCCAGUGUUUUUACGUUCACUCCUAAGAGUCACUGAGAGCAGUCAGCCAGAAUGGGAUACCAUGUGACCAAGCUCACAAAAUUACAUGGGAGAAACCCACUGACAUCUGUUAAGAACAUUUGCAAGGCAGGAAAAUGAAAUGGCCAGGUAACAUGUCUGGCAUGUUUUUCUAGGCAAGUCUUCACCCUGCAGGUGUUUUUGUUGUUUUAUGUGUAAUUAUUUGGAAGUUACCAUAUGGUACUCUGACUGAGCACUGUGAGCUUUCUGUUGUUAUCAGGCCAGGUGCACGUUGGGAAUGUCUCUCAGGAGUGGAGCGCUUUCCCACAGCCGUAUUAUGUUAAUACCUUCAGCCUGCUUUGUACUGGAGGUGUAUGGGCUAGUACAACACAUAGUUUAAUUUUUAAAUAGAACAUCUAUUUCCCAGAUGAAGUAGAAGCUUACACACACCAGUUAUUACAAAAUAAAAUUUUGCUGCAAGUCUGCCCCGUGGCUCAUAUGUGACCAGUAACAUUGUAGUACGUAUAUUCUGUAUUAAGCUCAUUUAGCUUAAUAUAAACUUAAUACUGAGAUGUUUUAUUCAUGAUAAACUGGAGCAGGUCCUUUUCAGAGAGGGCCAGCACAUGCUUACAUGAGGUCCCUGCUAAAAUGGUGAACACAGGCGUGGUGGUGCAUAGCACACCUGCAACUCUACACAUGGGGGCCUGAGGCAGGAGAUCACCAACUCAUGGCCACCUAGGGCUACCUACAAUAAACAGGGAUUUGACAUGUUUUCUAUUAAAAAAAAAGGCAAGAAAGAAUUAAACAAGUCACAAAAAUAAACAGUACCAAUUCCAAAAAACAUUUAAGAGAAAAUGAGGUUUGCUUUGUUUCUGUUUACAAUAAGAUCUCUGAUUAAAUACACAUACAUGUGUAUUUAAAUAGAAUCAAAACAGUUGAUUUGUCACAAGGGAACAGACUAUCCAAGUUACAGUUCUCUCCAUGCCUGAACAGUUACCCUCACUCCAAGACAGUACAACACUGUACUGGUUCAACAAUUGUUAGGCUUGAUUUCCCCUCUUGCACCCUCCGGACAAUGUUUGUUAAUGACAUUUCUAAAAUGCCAAUGAUUUUUUUUCUUUUCUUAUAGUUUCUAGUAUAAAUUUCUUUACUACUUUAUACUGGAAAAAGUAGAUUUCUAUAGUAUCCCAGAUAGAGGAGGAAACCAAAUGGUUUCACAAUGAAGUUACUGGGAAAAUCCUGUUUUCAAGUAUAAUUUUGUUCAAGUAUAAUUGUCUGAUAAAUCCAAACUGUGAAGUGAGAACUCAAAUGGCCUUAAUAAGACUAUGGCCAACACAUUUGUUUGAUCAAUGGAGAGGACUGCAAAUGAAGGCAAGUUCAAAUUAAGACAAUUGAAGAGAUGUCUGUAGAUCAUCUGCAUAGCAGCAUUUUCUGCAGUAGCUAGGAUGCAAUGCAACCUAGGUGUCCAUUCACCUAGAUAAGGAACAUGCAAUACACAUAUAUAAUGAAGCAGUAUUCGGCCUUUUUAAAAAGGAAAUCUUAUCAUCUUAACACAGAUAAACUUGGAGGACACCAUGUCAAGUGAAAUAAGCCAUUCAUAAAUAUCACAUGAUCUCACUUAUAUGUGGACUCUGAAAAAAAAUUGAAAUAGAUGUUGAGAGCUGAAUGGUGAUUAGCAGCACAUGAAGGAAGGUGUGGAAAGGGUGAGAAGACGUUGAUGAAAGGGCACAGAGUCUCAGGAGGGAUGACCUGUAGUGAUCUACUGUAUAGAACGGUGACUUCAAUGAUUUGUAUAUUCAGGUUGUGUGGUUUAAGGGAAUCACCAGUUUAGUAAACAAUUUGUAAAUGC